AUGCGCUCCCUUUCAAUGCUCGCUCUCGUGCUCCCUGCCGUGCUCGCAGUGCCUCUUGAAGUCACCACUCAUCACCAGUAUUCACCUUCCUCCUGUGUCAUCGCAGACGUCGCUUAUCCAGACCCUCGCCACGCCCUCGUGCUCCUUGGCAGACGAGAACUCAGCCCUCCCACCGGACUAUCCGAGCGUACGUUCACCGACCUCCUAGUCUGGUGCCACGAGAUUGGUCGUUCAUCCACUGGUCUACUCGUUGCUCGUCAGGAAGGUGGCUGCCCUUCGGGAGCUUUCGGUGGUCCAGUAGGGAGUGAUAGCACGGCUGGCCCAAUCGAUUCAGGAGGCGCUCCACACAAUUCUUCAGCGUCAGGUGAUCAGAGCGCAGGCUCUUCCGCUGCUGGAUCUUCGACGACCCCCGCCACUGUUUCACCUGCCGUUUCACCUGCCAACUCUGUCGCUCGUCCCGCAUCUCCGGGGGACACACCUUCAGAGACGCCUGGAGAUGCAACUGGGCCUAUGACAUCUGGAACAUCAACCGGUAGUCCCGCUAACAGUGACGCUUCUAACGGCGACGUUUCUAACGGCGACGCUUCUAACAACGCCGGAACUCCUGCCAACCCUGCGGGAGAAAGUCCCUCUGGAAACGCGGCUGCGACCACCGGCCCUGCGGAUAGCAACGCAUCUGAUAACGGGAGUGCAUCUGCGACACCACAGUCUGCUCCACCUACAUCUGCCACUCCCUCCACUGCGACAUCUCCGAUUAUAUUUGUCGACAGCACAAGCCCCGUCGCGGACAUCAACGCGUCGGACAGCCUUAACAACAUACAGGCGAACGGAAUAGCAGCGUCAUCCAUACCCUCAGGUGCAACACCUCAGACACCCCCAGAUGGUACUGUCGACGGUGGCACGACGCCCAAUACUGCCCCAGAUGGUACUGUCAACGGUGGCACGACGCCCAAUACUGCCCCAGAUGGUACUGUCAACGGUGGCACGACGCCCCAGGCUGGCCCCGAUGGUACUGUUAAUGGUGGUACGCCCGCUCCUACUAGCCCAACGGUGUCUACCCCUGCAACACCGGCCAAUUCCCCUAUUGCUGGAACGGAGAUUCAUGGUUGCCAAACUAAUAUAGUGGACGUUGCGGGCGUUGUAUCUGCGAGCAUGCGUUUCUUGCCACCACUGCCGUCAAUAAGGGGGUGUCCAAAAAUGGCAGCUAUGCCCAAACAACGCGCAAAUAACGCGAACAAC